GAUCCAACAAGGCUAGUAGUAAUAAGAGAGUAGCUUUAGAUCAACUACAAAGAGAAAGUUACCUAAUCAGUGUUUUAGGACUCUACCAUGAUAUCAUCAGCAUUAUGGAGAAACUCCUCCCAUCAAAUGCUAUAAUUUUUAACGUGUUAUUUUAUUUACUUAUUUAUUUUUACAGAGAGAAGGAUAUUGAUGAAGUUCUUCAAACACACGUAGUCUUCACAAAUGUUUCAAAAGGACAGGUAGCAAAAAAAGAAGAUCUUAUAAAAUGUUUUGGCAAAGAUAAUCAGACUGAAAUAUGUGAAGAGAUUCUGUCUAAAGGAGAGUUGCAAAUAUCUGAAAAAGAAAGACAUGUUCAACUGGAAUCCAUGUUUAAAGAUGUUGCUACCAUAGUAGCUGAUAAAUGUAUUAAUCCAGACACCAAAAGACCUUAUCCAGUGAGCAUUAUUGAAAAAUCAAUGAAAGAAGUACACAUAUCUCUAAAGCCAAACAAAAAUUCAAAGCAACAGGCUUUGGAAGUCGUGAAGAAACUACAAGAUAUUAUGCCAAUUGCUCGUUCACAAAUGAAACUACGAGUAGUAAUACCUGGAGGCAAAGCAUAUAGGAACAAACUGAAAGAAUUAGCAGCAUCGGUUGAAUCGCAGAAUACUGAUGGCGGGAAUUUACAAAUGGUAUUUUUGAUUGAUCCUGGAAAUUUUAGGAAAGUUGAUGAAAUAGUUACAAAUGAAACCAAAGGCAAAGGACAGCUAGAAGUAAUCAGUUUAAAAGAAGUUCAAGAAGGAGAUGAAGCUUUAGAGUGAUAAUACAUUGAGAGUUUAAUAGCUUUGUAUGUUUUUCUAUUAUUAAAACAUGUAUAUAUGUAUAUUUUAUGAAUACUGCGAGAAUUGCAUGAAACCUGAUUUUUCAUGUUGUGUAUUUUGCUUCUUGUCCAUAUAUAUUCUGGCAUUUGUUAUAUGAUUAAAUUUUGCUAUUUAAAACUAAUAAAUGGAGCUAUUAUAAGUGAA